CUGAGAUCGGGAUUGUUACAAUGUAAAAUCUCAGACCGAACUAAUAUAUUUUGUACUGUAUCAAUACGAACUAAACACCUUGCCAUUCACAAUACCAAAACUUUUUUAUGUGCACUGAUAAAUUUUUUGAAAAUACUCUCUCUAUUCCUCUUCUUCUCUCUAGUUUUACUCUAUACUGCUCAAAAAUCUAUCCUCAUCUAAAAGCAGAGGAAAUUCACACGCUGAUGGCAAGAAUUGGAUGUCAUUCCAUUAAAUGCCUCAUACGAGCUCCGGAAUCGCCGCCUCAGUUAUGGCGGUGCUCUCUCAGUCCUCGCGUCGUGACCUCCGCAGUCCGAGCGUUUUCGGCGGCCAUGUCUCCGCCGUCAAAGGCCAUUGUCUACGAUCACCAAGGCCCUCCGGAUUCUGUCACCAGAAUGGCUGAGCUUCCGCCUGUUGAAAUAAAAGACAAUGAAGUAUGCGUUCGAAUGCUUGCAGCUCCCAUUAAUCCCUCGGAUAUUAACAGAAUAGAAGGAGUGUAUCCUGUCCGGCCAACACUACCAGCGGUUGGAGGAUAUGAAGGAGUUGGAGAGGUACAUGCUAUAGGUGCUGCAGUGAAGUCUCUUUCCCCCCGAGAUUGGGUUAUUGCCUUUCCUCCAACUUCAGGUACAUGGCAGACUUAUGUUGUAAAAGAUCAAAGUCUCUGGUACAAAAUUGACAAGAACACACCGAUGGAAUAUGCUGCCACUGUAAUUGUCAAUCCAUUGACGGCAUUGAGAAUGCUUGAGGACUUUGUGGCUUUAAAAUCAGGUGAUUCUAUUGUGCAAAAUGGCGCCACAAGUAUUGUGGGACAAUGUGUUAUUCAACUUGCUCGAGUUCGAGGCAUUCGCAGUCUUAACAUCAUUCGAGAUAGGGCCGAAUCAGACGAAGCAAGAGAAAAACUUAUAAAACUUGGUGCUGAUGAAGUAUUCACCGAGAGCCAACUUGAUGUGAAAAAUGUCAAAACUCUUCUGGGCAGUAUACCCGAACCGGCUUUGGGCCUUAACUGUGUUGGUGGGAAUGCUGCUUCCCUGGUCCUUAAAUUCUUGAGGCAGGGUGGAACUAUGGUUACUUAUGGGGGCAUGUCAAAGAAACCCGUAACAGUACCGACAAGUUCAUUUAUAUUUAAGGAGCUCUCGUUGAGAGGGUUUUGGCUCCAAAAGUGGUUAAGUUCAGAUAAAGCGGAAGAGUGCCAUGGCAUGAUAGAUUAUCUUUUGGGCCUAGCUCGUGAUGAGAAAUUGACAUAUGAGAUGGAGGUUGUACCGUUUGACGAUUUUCAUUCGGCUUUGGAUAAGGCACUGGGAAAGAGAGGAAGCCAACCUAAACAAGUCAUCAAGUUCUAAUGUUUCGGAGGUAAGUUCAUUAAUCCAGAGGGAAGAUGUAAGAAAAGUUCAUGGUAAAACCCCUUCAUCCCGUUAGGGGUUUCCAACUUGUACCUAGUGGAGAUUUAAAAGUUUAAAAAUUAUUAUAUAAAUUUGUUUUAAAAACGAAGGAACAUGUGAAUCUCAUUUCUCUUUCUGAAAUAAAGAUUCGACAAGUACUUUGAAGUUUGAAACAGACAUAAAGUCAAGGUGGAAGAUCCCACUUAGAUAUGGAGUACGAAAUACAGGAUUACCUUAUAC